UCUCUGAACAUUUUGACAGUGAUCUGCACAUUUGGGGCCGGUAGAGGUACCACCUUGAGCAAAAUUCAUUCGCUCGAAUCGCCCCAUCUCUAGCCAACAUGGCCAGUCUACCUCAGUACUACAACAUACUCAAUGUCAGCCCUACUGCCACAGCGGACGAGAUCCGAGCAGCAUACAAACGGGAAUCAUUGAGGACUCAUCCAGAUCGAUUACCGGGAAAUGCAACAGCACAGCAGAAGAGGAAAGCUACGGAAAAGUUUCAAGCUGUCGCGGACGCCUACUAUGUUCUCUCCGAUCCGGCCAGACGCGCCGAAUACGACUCGCUGUUCCACUCGAGACCACCAGGUGCCUUCACAGAUGAUGGAGCGUCAGAAUACGAGCAGGAUCAGGCGUCCUCGAGCUUUUUCCAAAACUUCUCUCAGUACUUUGGGAACAGUACGAAUGCUACGGGAAACGCCGGUACUGGUCAAGCUAGACCAGAUCCAAAUGGAGUCUUUGGGGAUGUCUUUGAGGAGAUGUUGGCACCUGAAGUGGCCAAUGUUAGACCGUGGUGGGGAUACCUUGGCGGUGCCAGUGGCGCUGUUAUGGGGUACAUUGUGGCCAACGUCCCAGGCGCGAUUGCAGGAGGAUUUGCCGGAAAUCGACUCGGCUCUAUACGGGAUGCCAAAGGGAAGAGUGUCGCGCAGGUGUUUGCAGGUCUCGGUCACAGUCAGAAAGCAGAGAUCCUCCGUGCUCUCGCUUUCAAAGUUCUCGGUAGUAUGCAAUGAGUGCUGGCGCUGGUCUUCAUGUAU